UGGUUUUUUUUUCUUUUGUUUUUUUUUUUUUUUUAAUGUUUUGUAAGCAGUUAAUUUUCACAAUUCUGGUUUGGUCUAGUGACAAAACCUAUAACUUGAUUUGUGUGGGCCUUUGAUGUUGUGAUUGUGGUCUUGUAUAAAUGCACUCUCUCUUAGCUUAUCAAGUUAAAGUGUAACAGGAUGUAAUAUUGUUAAGAUUCAGUUCAGCAUAUUUUGGUUUUGAACCAGGUGGUCAGAUAUCACAGAGUAGCAGGCAGUGCUCUUUGGGGUAGCAUGAGGUUCUGGGGUCAAGCCACAAAGUCCUGCUUAAAGGAGAGACAGGUGCAUGCACUGGGGACUAUGUAGAAACAGCUCUGGUGGUCUUGUAGGGUCAAAUCUACUAGAAAUACUGUUUGUUUAUAGAUUUCAUAGUGGCUCCUGGGGAGGCACACAAACCCUUAACUUCUGGAACUUAGCUCUCUGUGAAGCCUACUGGCCCUGUGCUGCUUUAGCACACAUGAUCAGUUGGCCCUGAAUGGGUUGCACAAGCCUUCUCCCUGGGUACCUAAUCAGGAUCUAUGGGAAAUUGGUCCCUGACCUAGAGUUUCAGGUGACCUUACUUCCUCCGUUCAGUGAGAUCAUCUUCCUGCAACAACAAAAGUUUGGGCUGUGGACCUCAAGCUAGGAGAAAUUCUCACUGCUUAAAUUCAGUGGAUCUCUCGAAACUUAAGUUAGCGGAGUCCUAGUGAGACUUACCGGGAAAGGCCGAAGCUACCCCUCCUGGCCAGUGAUCAAAGACAGUUGGGAUUGGUUGCAAAGCUCUGUUACAGAGAGGAUAAUAAUUAUAUCCGGUCUGGUAAAUAAAAAUGGAUGUGCAUGCUGGCUUAUAAUGUUGACCUGAUUUUACCUGGUUUGGGAUGGCCUGGGAACCAAAGUCAGCAGUAAUUAGACUCAGUAUGUAAUACUUUAGCCAGAAAAGGGUGGUCAUACAAAGGAAGCUACAGGAGAGAGAUAAUUUUUAUAUGUACAUAUUUAGUACAUCUUUAUGGUCUUUAAAAUAAUUAAAAGGAAAUAAGUAACAGGCUUAUCAGUUUUAUUUUUGGAAAGACCAUGAAAUACACAUUUCUCCAUGACUGGCAUCAGAGUGAUACUUGGCUGCCAUUACUGCUGCUCUCUCUUCUGCCUGACUCCAUUCGCAAUUAGCCUUCCAUUCCUAUCUCUGGCUUACCAGCAUGCUUUUACAGUCUGUGCAUGGAUGUAAUAUGCUUGUGGUAUGGUGAUUGUCUUCAGUAUUGCCUGACUCUGUCUUGAUACCCACAAGUGGCCAGCGUGCCAGUCUUCCCUGUGCAGUGCAAGGAAGACAACUACAUGAAUUAAUAGUAUUAGAUAUAUCUGGAAAAAAAACUGCAAAAUAUGAAGUUAAUGCUUCAUCUCUUGUAAGGUAAGGCACAUUCUGCUUGCUUACACAAGAACUAUUGGCAUUUUCUUUUUUUCAUUUGAAACAUGAAAAACAGUAUUUUGAUUUUAUUUUAAGAAAUUUGUAUUUUAGCAUACAACACAGAACUGACAUUUGUUUUUUUCUUUUUUUUUGUCUUGUUUUGUAAAGUUCUUAAAACUCAGGAAAACUUUUUACUAGGAAAACUUGGUGAUUCAGCUAUAACAUGCUACUUCAAUAAUAACUUUACAAUACGUAUUCUCAUCUGUUUUCAAAACCUUGCUUUAGGAAAUCACAAGUGCUUUAUACUGUGAAGUGUUAAUGGCUGAAUCAACCAACUAGUGAGUGGGAUCUGAUUGAUUUUCUAAAACAAUAUUGGGAGAUUAUUAAUUGUUCCAGACUUACCAACUGAACUUUCAUUAUCAAAGUUUGUAAAACUUACCAAGCCCCUUAACAUUUAGCACAUUUGAGGAUGUUCGUGAUGCUGAAGAUGCUUUGCAUAAUUUGGACAGAAAAUGGAUUUGUGGACGUCAAAUUGAAAUACAGUUUGCACAGGGGGAUCGGAAGACACCAAAUCAGAUGAAAGCCAAGGAAGGAAGGAAUGUGUACAGUUCUUCCCGUUAUGAUGAUUAUGAUCGAUACAGACGUUCUAGAAGCCGAAGUUAUGAAAGAAGGAGAUCAAGAAGUCGGUCUUUUGAUUACAACUAUAGGAGAUCUUAUAGUCCUAGAAACAGUAGACCGACUGGAAGACCACGGCGUAGCAGAAGCCAUUCCGACAAUGAUAGAUUCAAACACCGAAAUCGAUCUUUUUCAAGAUCUAAAUCCAAUUCAAGAUCACGGUCCAAGUCCCAGCCCAAGAAAGAAAUGAAGGCUAAAUCACGUUCUAGGUCUGCAUCUCACACCAAAACUAGAGGCACCUCUAAAACAGAUUCCAAAACACAUUAUAAGUCUGGCUCAAGAUAUGAAAAGGAAUCAAGGAAAAAAGAACCACCUAGAUCCAAAUCUCAGUCAAGAUCACAGUCUAGGUCUAGGUCAAAAUCUAGAUCGAGGUCUUGGACUAGUCCUAAGUCCAGUGGCCACUGAUAGUAUAAACCAUGAUAAUUUUUAGGCAUGUAUCAUUCAUUUACUCAUAGUUUGGUUUACUUAAAUUAUCAGGAAUACAAUGUUGCAAUGAUGCUUAAAAAACAUUUGUUAGUUUUCCCUGUACCAGGCAAUGGUUAUAAUUAAAAUAUGCUGUUGAGAAGCCACUCUUAAGAGUCCAGUUUGUUUAAUGUUACGGGCAGCUACCAAUUUGUGGUGUCUCUGUAUAUUUUUGUAAAGAUUCUCAUUUUUUAUGCUUGAAGUAUUUGGUGAAAAGAUGUUGGUUGACCAUAAUUUGCAACAUUGUCUUAUUAAAAAUAAACUUUCAUAUUCGUAUUUGGUAGAACUGUUAACCUAGAAUGUAGCUUGAUAAUAAGAUAGAAUAAUACAAAAGUGAAGUUGUAGCCACAGUACAACACUGACUGCUCAGACACAUUUAGGUUCAGGGUGGACCUUUAUGUCUUGGCAAGAUGUCUAGGCCCCUGAUAAUAGUUUAUUUAUGAUGCAGUGUGGAAUAGUUCUUUUGUUAACCCCACUGUCUUGGGGAAUGAUGCCAGCUGGGUUACAUAGUAUUUUCAGGGAGGUGUGGAGUUUUUGACUGAAACAUGGAGCCUUCACUGCUUUUUUUCUGGUUUCUAUGAAGAUUUGGAACACAGAAAACAUCAGAAAAACUCACCUUAAAAUUCGAGCAGGUCAAUGAUGGCAGAAAUAAUUUUAAGAGGAAAAGGAUGUUCUUAUGUAGUUAUGCUAAAAUUUAAGGAAUAUUGUUGACCAUAAUAUUGCUUAGUUUUUUUACUGCUGUUAGAAGCAAGUAAAUUGUUUCAUAGUAGGUUUUGUGUGUGUGUAUGUGUGUGCAUAGUGUAAAGGAACUGAAUUUUGAUGCUUAAAGCACUUGGUGUGUGCAUUUGUAUCAAAAUUUGCCUGCCUCUUCGUGCGGGAGGCUUGCUCCCAGUUUAUUUAAUAUGAGGCAAGUUGAAAGACAGCACUCUAACUCUAGGUGAUUCUGUGGUGCCAUGAAAUUUAAAGUAGUUUUGCAAAAAGGAUUAGUCAGUUUUAAGCAAGAGUCACAUCUCUGAGUUUUUGAUUAUCAAUAUGUAGUACCCAACUAAAAAUGAAAAAGUAGUGCCCUUAUCCAUUUAUAAUUUCUAGUAUUUCUCUGAAAGAUCGUUUUGGGGGCAAAAAAUGUCCAGUCUCAUUUCAGAAUUAAAGGCUAGCAUCUUUAAAAAUCUCAGAUUGCUUGCUUGCAAAUAGAAGUAAGAAAUAUUACGGGGAAACGAAUCCUUUUAGAGGAUUACUUUUUUCAAUUUUCGUUUUAGUAAUCUAGGCUUUGCCUGUAAAGAACAAAAAGAUGGUUUUUAAAUACUGUUUGUGGAAUGUGUUUAAAGGAUUGAUUCUAGAACCUUUGUAUAUUUGAUAGUAUUUCUAGCUUUCAUUUCUUUACUGUUUGCAGUUAAUGUUCAUGUUCUGCUAUGCAAUCAUUUAUAUGCACGUUUCUUUAAUUUUUUUAGAUUUUCCUGGAUGUAUAGUUUAAACAACAAAAAGUCUAUUUAAAACUGUAGCAGUAGUUUGCAGUUCUAGCAAAGAGGAAAGUUGUGGGGUUAAACUUUGUAUUUUCUUUUCUUAUAGAAGCUUCUAAAAAGGUAUUUUUAUAUGUUCUUUUUAACAAAUAUUGUGUACAACCUUUAAAACAUCAAUGUUUGGAUCAAAACAAGACCCAGCUUAUUUUCUGCUUGCUGUAAAUUAAGCAAACAUGCUAUAAUAAAAACAAAAUGAAGGAAAUAAUGAUUAACUGGAAUUAUUAUAGUAUUGAAUAUGAUCCUAAAAUAACAGUGGAAACAGUCCUUUGUAGAUUUAGGAAUAUUUUUAAUCAGUGUUGCACUAGGCACAACUAACUUUUACUUAGGAAAUGAUAGAACUUGCCAGAUAGCUACAUCUUUUACAUAGUACUUAAGAAUUCAUUAUGUAAUAUCAAAGUAGUUUUAUGAUUGCUCAUUAAGCCUCUUGGGUUAAAUAACUAUUAAGAAAGAGGUUAUUUGGUAGUAUUAAGAUACAUAUUAAAGUGAAAUUUGGGUCAGCUAAAUAUGUUUAUACUUUUCAUUAUUGGGUGGAUCAAUAAUUCUGCUCUUCCACUUCCUAAACAAGAUGCAUCGGGCCUUCUGUUUAUGGCAUGAUUUUAAAUUCUUUUUCAUUGAAUGUUGGUGAGCAGUUAAUAUGUGAUAACCACUUUGGGGAAGUAGGUUGGGUGUUUUGUGAUUUGAAUUCUAGCUACUUUAUGACAAUUUUAGUAUUUAUGAUUUGCCAGACGCUUCAAAAGGCUUUGUGGUAACUCAUUUACUCUUCUCAAAACCCUAUGAGAAAGAUAAUUUUUAUUUCCCCCAUGUUACAGAUAAAGAAACUGAGGCGCAAAGACAAGACUGUUAAAGGCAGAGGCAGGAUUGGAGCCAGGCCUGGUCAUUAGAUUUGUUUUGUUUUGGUUUGGUUUUUUUGCAAACUAUAAUUUGAGAGAAGUAGGUUGAGGAGAUAGCCCAUUGAAAUUGUUCUUAGUCUCUGUGUAGAACUAGAAGGUCUGAUGUUUUCAUUUUAUUUUCUACUUGUGUCAGCUUAUUUUUAAUCUCAGACUAUUUUCUUGAGAACCUUACAUGUUGUUUCUAAAGUGAUAUACCUAACAGCUUCAAAAGGUUUAUAGUUGAACCCAUGAUGGUUAGGAUCCUACAGAUAAUUGGUGAGGAUCUUUACAUAGUGUUUUAAGUUAAUUUUGGGUUACAUAGUUGAGUCCCACACUGAGUACCUACUGUGUUGUGUGUCUGGCACUGGGCUCAAUAUUAAAUAGAGUGGUCAUGUCAACACUUAAGUGAGGGCUGAGACUUCAUCUCUCCUUUUUACUUAAGGUCUCUGCAUUUUUUUUUUUUUUUUGAAGCCAAGUAAGCAAGAAGAAAAAUGAGAGAUAAUGCUUCAGUGAGAGAGGAAAGGUGCUACAUAGAGUAUGCGCUAUUAAGUUACAACCCAGGGAAAAGACCUGGGAACUAUUGUAUUAUUCUCUUGAAAAUUUGGCCCAGUAAGCUGCUACAUCCAGUUCAACUAACAAAAUCCUGUAUACCACAGAGAAGAAUAAAGAAAACCAAACUGACAAACAUCCUUCUUUUAUUUAAGACCAAACUGCAGCUGGAAUACCCAGUACAGUUCUGCUUACUACACUUCAAGAAAGAUCUGAAAGCGGAAAAAGAACCAAAGAAGGGCAGUUCAAGCGACCAAAGGGUGGGUGGAAGGUGCUGCAGUAUGAAUACUGUACGAAUAUUUUGACUCUGGUCUGAAAAGAUAAAAGAAUGUUAUCGAAAACUACAUGGAAUAAUUGAAGUCCCUUCAAGUUUGAAAGUAAGCAUCUUAGGACAAAUAAAAAGAAACUCAACUUUGUACUUGUGGAAACUAAUCCCUAAAUAUGAAUAGGUUUAUAUUGAUUCAUGGGUAACAGGUCCAAAAUAAAUUAUUGGAAACUAGGAUGUCUGGAUAUCAAGGAAGACAGCCAUAGUCUCUUACAGUGCCUCUAUUGGUCUGUCUCAAACUGAAUUGGGUGGGGAAAGGUAUGUCCAAUAUAAACUUCCUUGGUUAUCUCUUAAGUCAGUUCCAUUUUCACCAUUAUUGGCAAAAUCUUGCCUUUAUUUUGGUGCCAGUGUUUUUGCUUAAUCGUUUGCUUUGUUGGCAUCUGAGUUUACUUGUACGCCACAUGUAGUUUACAUCUUCCUUAAUUAUUCUUUCCCAGGUAAAUUCCAAUUAUACUUGACAUCCAGCUAAGAGGGCCCAUCUCUUAAUUCUUUCCUAGUCAGUAUGUUUAGCAAAUAUUUAUUGAGCCCUUACUGUGGGCAAAACAUUGUACUGGAUAAUUGGGGAGAAAAGUAGAUAAUUCCCUUAUUCAAUAAAUGUCUACUGAGCACAAUCUAGUGAAUCAUUACAGUAUGGCCUGAUUGUUUUGUUUGAGGUGUAUUAUUCAUAAGAAUAUUUUACACCAUUCAUAUCUUGUAAUUAUGAAACCCAAUAUACUAUCAAAAAUAAUUUUGUGGUUAUCUGCCAUUUAAAAGUAUCCAGUAUUUUCUGUUUGCAUCCAUUAAUACAGAUAAUGAAAAGAUGUUUUAAUCUGUAAUAAACUGGUUUAUUGUGCAGUGACUGUAAUAUACUAGAGUUAUAUUAAAUUGUUAGCUCUGCCUCAUCAAACACGUAUUAGGAAAUAGUCCCCAAAAUAAGUAUUUAACUUUGCAUUAGAUAUCAAGGAGACUCUGGGUGCUAUAAUUAGAUUAUUUUGAGGCAGACAGAGAGCUGUUGUCGCAGCUGACUUAGUAUGUUCUGUAAUUGAGAAAAUGUUCUCCAAAUUACACUUUUUAGUGAUUUACAUGUACAUUUUAUAGGGGACAUGUUCUGUGUAUAGUGAAUAAAUAACUUUUAUAGUAUUACAAAA